CAUGCCAACAUGGGAGGGAUCGGACCGUCAAGUGGACAGCUCUGGAGCCCGCCUGCCCGCCCACCGCUCUCCACUCCACUCCACUCCACGCCGGGAGCAACGCGUCAGGGCUGAUGCUGGCCAAAGAUAGAUGGACUGACGAGGGAGGAAAAAAAUAAACCUGAACCACCGCACAACUAGAACAAAGUCAGAGGAUCGCGGCUGCUCGGCGGGGUUAGAAGAAAACUGUGACGCAGCCGUCAGCCCAGGUCAGCGUCUGUACCGGAGACGGACCGUGGAGUGGAAAAAAAAAGCUUCGGGGGAGCGGACACAACUGGAGCCCCUCUCCCUCAUCAUUACAAAGAUCCAAGUGGUGAGGCUGCAGCCGUUGACUGAUCUGUGGUCUGUUUUGUUAUCCAGGCAUGGAUUCGCCUACAGAUCUUUUCGACGACUCCUCCCCCCAGAUGCGCACUUUCACCCCCGGCCUCUCCUCCGCUGACCUCUCUGGCGUUCACGCUGCUCCGGCCUUCAGACCUCCAGGUUUCCCCCUCAUCCACCAUCUCCUCCAGCCGGGCGGAGGCCCCAGGAAGAUCGGAGGGAUCCUAACACCAAGCCUGAACUCGCAGAGACACAUGGCGGCCAGGAGCCUGGAGGAAGACGUGACCGUCGGUCAAAUGGAGCGAGGGAUGGAAGGAGCAGAAGAGGAGGGAGGGAUGAUGGAAGGAGAAGAUGACCUGACAGAGGUGAAGAGGAAGUGCAGCGACACGGUGCUCAUGGCGGAGUGGAGUCAGGACGUCAUGAAGGUGAAGCGGAUGAAGUUUGAGUGCAGGCAGAAAGACAAGGCGGUGGAGGAAGACGGGAAGAGGAGGGAGGGGAGGAGAAGGGAGAAGGAGGAGCUGAAGGAGCAGCUAGAGGAGGCCAGGGAGAGACUGCAGGCCCUGCAGGAGAAGGUUUGGAGGGCGUUUGGGGAAAAGGCCGAGAAGGAGGAGAGGAAGAGGAAGAGCUUGACUGGAAACAGAUGCGACGGCGAUGGAGGGAGAGAUGAGGGGAUGGUGGAGGAUGAGGAGGACCUCACGGGAGAGAUGUACGACGAGGAGGACAUCGAUGCCGCGGAGAUGGAGAAGGAUUCGUUCUCCCUCCUGUCCGUUUCCCACUACGACAACUUCAGCAAGCGCAAAGAGCAGCUGCGAAAAGAACGAGAAAGGAGGCUGGAGAGAGGAAGAGAGGGAGACGUGGAGGGCAUCGUGGAGGGACCCAGACUGUGGCUGGAAUGUGGAGGUCUGACGAGAGGAGAGUGGGAUGGUGGGACUGAGGAGGAGGAGGACGAGGAGGGACAGAAGUUUGCCAAGGCGCUGAAGCUGGAGCUGGGCAGCGCUGUGGCUCGAGUCAUCGACAGAGUUCUGCGUCUUUACACGGAGAUGACGGAGCAUGCCUCCCCUCCCGCCGCCAUCUCUUUUCACCCGUCCGACCAGGGCCACGACGCGGGAAAGGAGAGGGAGGGCUGGAUGGGACUGUUGACGCGAGGAAGAGCGGAGGAGGCGACGAAAGAGAAGGAGGACGGCGACAGAGAGCAGCAGCUCAGGAAGAUGAAGAACGGGGGCGGCCUCCCUCCCGGGCCGCUGCGUUGCUCCGAACAGUCAGACCUGCCGAUGCCACUGGCCGUUCACAGGUCCCCCGACACACGGAAGACCUUCCCGCUCCUCGGACCUCCUCUCUCCGCCAACGUCAACUCCUCUCACCCCAACCUCCCCCUGCAUCACCCCUCUUUGACUCGACCCACUCCUCUUGCUCACCCUCCCCUCCUGCCUUCAGCGUCACAGCCCAAAGAGACCUCCUCCGCCACCUCCUUCCACCCGUCCUCCUCCUCGUCUUCCUCGUCUUCCUCCUUCCCCGCACCUCCCCCUCCUCCACCCCCUCCUCUCCCUCUCCCGUUGCUGCACUACUCGAUGCAGCAGCUCUUCUCCCGCUCACUCCACCACCCACAGCUGCCUCAUCUCGCUCCGUCCCGGAAGGACUACCUGACCUCCGACCCCUUCCUGGAGUUCUCCUCUCACGCCUCCUUCCCUCCGCUCCCUUUCCUUGGACACCUGGACCCAUCGCUGACUCGUCACGGAGUCAGAGAGAGGGAGAGAGGGGUGAGGGGAGAUGGGAGCAUCAGAGGGAGCGGAGGGAUGGAUGGAGGAGAGCUCUACCUGACCGCUGGGACUCAGGAGGGAUUGUCUCCCUGCCACCUGAAGAAAGCCAAGCUCAUGUUCUUCUACACUCGCUAUCCUAGCUCCAACACACUGAAAACCUACUUCCCUGAAGUCAAGUUUAACCGCUGCGUGACCUCCCAGAUGAUCAAAUGGUUCAGCAACUUCAGGGAGUUCUUCUACAUCCAGAUGGAGCGAUUUGCACGGCAGGCUGUCCGCGAUGCUCUCACCCGGGAUGGUGCAGCUCGUCUGGGCCGAGAGAGUCAGCUGCGAGUGAGCCGUGAUACGGAGCUGUACCGCGUUCUGAACAUGCACUACAACAAGAGCAACGUCUACCAGGUUCCAGAGAGGUUUAUCGAGGUGUCAGAAGUGGCUCUGAGAGAGUUUUACUCUGCCAUUUGGACUGGGAGAGACAGCGACCCCUGCUGGAAGAAAGGAAUAUAUAAAAUCAUCUGCAAGCUUGACAGUCCUCUGCCGGAUGCCUUCAGGAUGCCUGGCUGUCCGGUGGGCUGACGACCAGGCCCUGUUUUUCUGCCGUACGCGAACACUCAUGCAUGCUCAAGUACAUUGUUCUCAAGGCUUAAAAAAAAGCUGUCAAACUGUGAGUGAGGAGUUUAGUGCUCAGUUUGAGGUUUAAAACCAUUAUUUAGGAUACAAACGCAUACGUCAUCAACACGAGACAGACACUGGACACACCCAGUGCUUAAAUCAGAGUCUUGUGACUGCACUUAUCUUGCCCAUACCACUGAAUUAAAAGGGACGGAGCAGGAAUUCCUUCUGCAAACAUUCCUCUGCAGUCAGGCGGAGCCCAAAACCGCAGCUUAUCUACGUUUCAGGUUUGACAAAAACUCUCCCGAAACCGAGGGCUGAAACAAGCUUGUGUUAUUUAUUUUGGCCCAUAUUUAUGAUGAUCUUCUCUGUAUGUGUGAGGCCGCAUUUUACUGAUGACCAGGUUAAAUAUUACAGUAUAAUUCCCGGUUGUUGAAUUAAAAUUUGAUGCGCAGCACCUUGAAAAAUCGCCACACUUGCAGCUACAAACCAACCACUAUGCAUUUUAUUGGGAUUUUAUGUGAUGGAUCAACACAAAGUAGCGCAUAGCUGUGAAGCGGGAAGUCGAAGAAAUUGGUUAUCAACAUAUGCAUUUGUUUUCAGCCCGCUGAAUCCAAACCAGUGGUUCUCAAGCCCGUCGUAUCCUGGAAGACGUUUUAAAAAGAGUCUUUUUAGCGUGUUGCGUUGUCUUUAAAAACACACAACAGAGAGUUUCCUAUCUAUUGGCACAGCUCGGCUGGCUGAGGGGUGCGGUUCAUCCAACCCAAAUAUGGCUGCUUUGCAUUUUAAAGGUAGUGAUUACAGCAGUAAACAAAGAGUUUACUUGCACUUCAGACAAUUUGAUUUUUAUUCAAUCUUUUAUACAACCAACACUUUGCAGGCUCCUUUAUAGUAACACAGUGUCCACAAUGUUUGAAAGUGUAAAAUGCAGAGGAAUACAAAACUUUUAGCUUUGGUUGCUUGCAGCACUUAGCCUGCUCACCAACCAUGUAUAGCAGCAAAUCUCCUAAAUUGGGUUUGCUCACAUUCUUAGAGCUAAUAUCCACAUCAGCAGCACCAAAGGCAGCCCAGGUACCAAGAGUGGUACUUCUACCACUGUUAAGACCCAUGAACCUAAACCAUUGUAGUGGUAGCUCUGGUUGGAUGAUUAGGGUCGAUGUAUUACUGUAAGGCCUGCUGUGAUGAAGAAAGAGCUGAGCCAAAAAGCAAAGUCCACCAGUCUGUCUACAUCCAGUCUGUAUACAAGCGGUCGAAACUAGCGUCCUAUAUAGGCCGGGCUCAGCCUUAGAGACAAUGUGAGGAGCUCCGUCAUCUGGGUGGAGCUCCAAGUAGAGCCAAUGCUUCUCCAUAGUUGAAAGGAUUUCACUGAAGUGGUUCAGGUAUCUGAUCAGGAUGCCCCCUUGGGACUUUAUCACGUCUGGCCUGGGAACGUCUUUGGAUCCCGCAGAGUGACCUGAAGGUUGUCUCUGGGGAGAGAUGUCUGGGGUUCCCUUCUGGACACAUAGACCCCACAACUCGAUCUUGGAUAAGCAGAAGAAACGAAUGAAUUAAUGGAUGUCCUGCUGGAAGGUGAACCUCCACCCAACUUUCAAGUUCUUUGCAGCCUCCGUCAGGUUUUCUUCCAGGGUUUUACUGCAUUUAGCUCCAAGCAUCCUCCCAUAAACUCUGACAAAGGUUAAAUUAUGGUCUUAUUUAAUCAGAGCUCCCUCUUCCACCCGUUUACUGUGUUGCAUACAUAGCGUGGCAACUGGUUGUCCUGUAUUUUAGUUAGGGGUGUCGGAGUAAAGGGGCUGAAUAUCAAUGCACACCACACUUUUUAGAUGUUGUUUGUAAAAAAAAAAAAAAAUCUUCAUUUACCAAUUUACAGUUUUACCGUUGUACUACUUUGUGUUUACCUAUCAAACAAUCCCAAUUUAAAAAAAACCCAAAACUAUCCCAGAGAGAACGUGAGGAAAUGUGUAAUUAAUUAAUUACCUUUGCCGAGUACAUCCAGGCUGCUUCUUUUAAACAAGCUAUUUCAUGCAGACAUUCAACAAUAAAGUAGAAUUUUGAUCUCCUGCAUCUCACAAACAUUUUAAUAACAAAAAUAUAUGAUGUUGUCGUGAAUUUUUACGCAGUCCGGUGGAAAAACAGCAUCAAAGGAGCGCGCCUAAAUGUUUGUGUCGGGGUUCUCCAUCUAAAGCAGCUUUUUAAUCUGUUCUAUAAUUGUACAAUCUUCAUCGAAAAGUGAGGCGUUAGUGUGGCCGGGAAAAAAAAAAAGUUUGAUUAUUUAUUAGAGUCUAGAAAUAAAGUUGGUUAUCCUUCGCUGCGUCUUUGCUCAGAGUGUAAUAAUUGUACAGUUUCUGUGCAUGAUACAUAAAAAUGUGCUCCACAUGGAAAUCUGUUAAGACAUAUUGAAUUUGACGUAGCUGUAUAUUCAUGUUUUGGUGUUUCUUUUAUGUACUCUUAUUAUUUUUAUUUUUUUUAUAUUUUAUAUUCUUUUAGUGUGAAGCUGAACUAAAUAAGAAAAUAUUCAAGCUUUUGUUUUACAGGACAUCUUUUUUUUUUAAAUCUUGUAUAUUGUGGCUGUUUAAUCUGAAAGCAAAGAUAGAUUUUGUUGGUGUAAAUUACUCGUGAUGUGAAUUCAAAUUGCGUGUUUCCCAGAUUUGUAAUUUGCAUUUUUCUUUUUCUGGUAUAUUGUACAGAAUGUGCUGCAGUCUUUGCUGUAGAUCUGUGCCUCAUUCACACUUUAAAUUAAUCUCGAUGUCUUAUCAGCAAAUUAAAGUAAUUCCAAGCUCA